AUGGCCUGCUGCGCUACUAGCUUCUGUGGCUUUCCCACAUGCUCCACCGGUGGUACCUGUGGCUCUAGCUGCUGCCAGCCCAGCUGCUCCCAGUCCAGCUGCUGUCAACCCAGCUGCUGCCAGCCCAGCUGUUGUCAACCCAGCUGCUGCCAACCCAGCUGCUCCCAGUCCAGCUGCUGUCAACCCAGCUGCUCCCAAUCCAGCUGUUGUCAGCCCAGCUGCUGCCAGCCCAGCUGCUGCCAGCCCAGCUGCUGCCAACCAAGCUGCUGUGGAACUGGCAGUGGCCAGGAGGGUGGCAGUGGAGGCGUGAGCUGCCGCGUUAGAUGGUGCCGCCCAGACUGCCGCGUGGAGGGCACCUGCCUGCCCCCCUGCUGUGUAGUGAGCAGCACACCCCCAACCUGCUGCCAGCUGCACCAUGCCCAGGCCUCCUGCUGCCGCCCAUCCUACUGUGGACAGUCCUGCUGCCGCCCAGCCUGCUGCUGCUACUGCUGCCCCCCAAGCUGCUCUGAGCCCAGCUGCUGCCAGCCCACCUGUUAA